UGAAGUGAGAAGGGAGGUGCCUGGGAAAUUAUGCCAUGUGGUGUUCAAGAGUGGACGUCUGAUUGGACUAGGGGGAGCAGUGUAAACGCCUAUUUUUGAAAGAUACCCCCUAUGAUUGGCUGAAAUGGAAACUCCAGAUUCGCCAUGUGCGCGUCCACAGUUUUGCAAUUCUCUUUUGUGCCCUGCGUCUAAAACGUGAACGCCCUCCUUAGUCAGUUUCAGCCAGAACGCCAAUUACGUGUGUUUUCUGCGUAGCGACAAAGACAGCGAGCCCGAAACCUAUGGGGAAGGAAUAAAAAAAGAAAUUUGGUUUCGUCGCACUCUGUACUCGUAGUCCUUCGUAUUCGGAAGAACCUGCCACCCAGGGGCAACGGUACGGAGACGGAAAUUUGACGGCGAUUUUAAAGUUAACACUACAAUUCUGAAUUCGCCGUAAAAGACCGUGUCAACUGGAAGAUUUUUCCCUCCCGUUGAACAGUCUGUAGGCUAGGGUAUAGCGAGGGAGCCGCCAUGGCAGUCGGAUCAUUGAGCCUCCACAUCGGGAUAUGAAGAGGAGCUGCAUGUGUCCCGAAUUGUCAAGAAAAAAACGCCACAUUUGCCUCUGAUCCGCUACGGAUCGUUAUUCAGAACAUCUGAUCGUAGCCUCCUCGUGUUUUUUGACAUCGUUUGUGCCUCCUGUUGGAAAAUCGCAAUUGGUUUAAGUCGAGGGGAGCCAGAGGGAGAGGCCAGAUUCAUGACUAUUUUAGUCGGAGACGUGUCUUCAGAGGCCCACUCAAGAGAAAACCUGGACUAUAACGAAGAAAUGAUGCUCUGAUUGACCGCUGCGGGGACAGAACGGGGUAGUUUAACAGGCGACGACGAACUGGCGUGAAGGAACGAGGGGAAUCAAAAAGCAAGGGCUUCUCUUUACUGCCUUCCCCCCCUGUGAUCUACACAGAUAUCUAUUUUACUGGCAUCAUCUUUGGAUGAGAAGGGUCGGCAAAUCAAUCAGAGCUGCCUUUUAGCAAGUCACAGUCUCAGAACGAGAAUCAAAGGGAUCGGAUCAUGUCGGGUCGGCCCAGAACCACAUCCUUCGCAGAGAGCUGCAAACCAGUGCCGCAGCCUUCAGCUUUUGGCAGCGUGAAAGUCAGCAGGGAUAAGGAUGGAAGCAAGGUAACAACAGUCGUGGCCACACCAGGCCAAGGCCCUGACCGGCCACAGGAGGUGAGCUACACGGACACAAAGGUCAUCGGCAACGGCUCCUUCGGCGGCGUGGACCAGGCUAAACUGUGCGACUCUGGAGAGUUGGUGGCCAUUAAGAAGGUCCUGCAAGACAAGAGGUUCAAGAACCGUGAGCUGCAGAUCAUGAGGAAGCUGGAUCACUGCAACAUAGUCCGCCUGCGUUACUUCUUCUACUCCAGUGGUGAUAAGAAAGAUGAAGUGUAUCUGAACCUGGUCCUAGACUACGUCCCCGAGACUGUCUACAGAGUGGCAAGACACUACAGCCGAGCCAAACAGACUGUGCCUAUGGUGUUUGUCAAGUUGUACAUGUACCAGCUGUUCAGAAGCCUGGCUUACAUCCAUUCAUUUGGGAUUUGUCAUCGGGACAUCAAACCCCAGAACCUGCUGCUGGAUCCAGAGACCGCUGUGCUCAAGCUCUGUGACUUUGGCAGUGCUAAGCAGCUGGUCCGUGGAGAACCAAACGUGUCCUACAUCUGCUCUCGCUACUACCGAGCUCCCGAGCUCAUCUUUGGAGCCACUGACUACACUUCCAGCAUAGAUGUUUGGUCAGCCGGCUGUGUGCUGGCUGAGCUGUUGUUAGGUCAGCCCAUCUUUCCUGGAGACAGUGGGGUGGAUCAGUUGGUGGAAAUCAUCAAGGUUCUCGGCACCCCCACCAGAGAGCAGAUUCGCGAGAUGAAUCCCAACUACACCGAGUUCAAGUUCCCCCAGAUCAAAGCACACCCUUGGACUAAGGUGUUCCGGCCGCGUACACCUCCCGAGGCCAUCGCCUUGUGCUCUCGCCUGCUGGAGUACACGCCCACGGCCCGACUCACACCCCUGGAGGCCUGUGCGCACUCUUUCUUUGACGAGCUGCGUGAACCCAAUGUCAAACUGCCCAAUGGGAGAGAGAAACCUUCGCUCUUCAACUUCACCACCCAAGAAUUAUCCAGUAAUCCGUCUUUGGCCUCCAUACUGAUCCCUGCUCAUGCCCGCAGCCAGGCGGCCGCCUCAACCCCAACCAACGCCUCUGCCACCACAGGUUAG